AUGGCUUUGGAGGGUGUGAAAAGUGAAAAAAGUGAGGAAAACAACGGUAACCUGCCGGACGGCAAGGCGAACGGGAUCGACAACAAAAGUAAACAGAUAGAUCCCAACACAGCAUUCCUCCGCGCGGCUCGCGGCGGUCAGCUGGACACAGUAGUCGAUUUACUCGACUCUGGUGCAGUCAAAGAUAUAAACACAUGUAAUUCGAAUGGUCUUAAUGCCUUACAUUUAGCCGCAAAAGAUGGUCACAUUUCCGUCGUAGAGGAACUGUUAAAGCGAGGUGCCACAGUCGAUGCAGCAACAAAAAAAGGUAACACAGCCCUCCAUAUAGCAUGUCUCGCAGGACAAGAGUCUGUAGCACGGGCGUUGCUAGGCGCGGGCGCCAAAGCAGACGCCCAAUCUGCAGCAGGAUUCACUCCACUCUAUAUGGCAGCGCAAGAGAAUCACGCGGGAUGCGUCAAGAUGCUGCUAGCCGCUGGUGCCAGCCAGACGUUAGCGACAGAAGAUGGCUUCACACCAUUAGCAGUAGCCAUGCAACAGGGACACGACAGAGUCGUCGCAGAGUUAUUAGAGUCAGAUACACGAGGCAAAGUGCGGCUUCCUGCUCUACAUAUCGCCGCUAAGAAGAAUGAUGUUAAAGCUGCUACGCUUUUACUCGAAAACGAACACAACCCAGACGCUUGUUCCAAAUCAGGUUUCACUCCACUCCAUAUUGCAGCGCACUAUGGGAAUGUGGGAGUGGCCAAAGCGUUGCUGUCUGCGGGUGCAGACCCGGGUAGAGCCGCGAAACACAACAUAACCCCUCUACACGUGGCUAGCAAGUGGGGACAGUUGGCUAUGGUGGACUUACUGGUGGAAAAUGGUGCAAACAUAGCAGCAAUGACGCGGGACGGUCUAACGCCGUUGCACUGCGCGGCGCGCUCGGGGCACAGCAACGUCGUGUCCCGACUGUUGUCACACGGGGCGCCUAUCACUAGCAAGACUAAGAACGGUCUCACCCCUCUCCACAUGUCCGUGCAAGGCGAACACGUGGAGACGGCCAAGGUGCUACUCUCCGAGGGUGCUCCCAUCGAUGACGUCACCGUAGACUACUUGACGGCGCUGCAUGUCGCCGCACACUGCGGACAUGUCAAGGUGGCAAAACUCCUUUUAGACAGAAAUGCAGAUGCAAACGCCCGAGCGCUCAACGGUUUCACGCCCCUACACAUUGCGUGCAAGAAGAAUAGACUUAAAGUUGUUGAAUUAUUGCUGAAAUAUGGUGCCAGUAAAUCAGCGACAACAGAGUCCGGCCUGACCCCGCUGCAUGUGGCGUCGUUCAUGGGCUGCAUGAACGUGGCGCUGGUGCUGGUGGGCGCGGGCGCGGACGCCGACGCGGCCACGGCGCGCGGCGAGACGCCGCUGCACCUGGCGGCGCGCGCGCACCAGACCGACCUCGUGCGCGUGCUGCUCAGGAACAAUGCUAAGGUGGAAGCUCGAGCACGUGAAGAGCAAACGCCCCUGCACGUAGCGGCGAGGCUUGGCCACGGCGACAUUGCAGCCUUGUUGCUACAGCACGGCGCGCAGGUCGCAGCCACUACUAAAGAUAAAUACACACCGCUACAUAUCGCUGCUAAGGAAGGUAAAGAAGAAGUCGCCUCCAUACUGUUAGACCAUAACGCGCCCAUCGAAGCGGAGACGCGUAAGGGCUUCACCCCACUCCACCUGGCAGCCAAGUACGGCGAUAUCGGCGUGGCGCGGCUGCUGCUGGCGCGCGGCGCGCAGCCCGACGCGCCCGGCAAGAGCCACAUCACGCCGCUGCACAUGGCCACGUACUACGGGCAUCCGGAUAUAGCAUUGCUUUUGCUGGAUAAAGGUGCGUCGCCACACUCGCUGGCAAAAAAUGGACACUCGGCUUUACACAUCGCGUGUCGCCACAACCAUCCCGAUAUCGCGUUUGCACUCUUGGAACAUGAUGCCGACCCGGGAGUAAAAUCUAAAGCGGGUUUCACACCACUGCACAUGGCGGCUCAAGAGGGACAUGAGGAUUGCGUUGAAAUGCUCAUCGAAAGAGGGGCAGACGUCAAUGUACCUGCUAAUAAUGGUCUAACCCCGGUGCACCUGGCGGCGGCGGAGGGGCGCACGUGCGUGCUGACGGCGCUGGUGCAGGCGGGCGGGCGCUGCGCGGCGCGCACGCGCGACGGCUACACGCCGCUGCACGCCGCCGCGCACCACGGCCACCACGCCGCCGCGCGCGCGCUGCUCGACGCCGGCGCCGACGUCGGCGCCAGGGCCGCUCACGGGUUCACUCCUCUCCACCAAGCAGCGCAGCAAGGACACACUCUCAUCAUACAACUACUACUCAAGAGCAAUGCCGAUCCCAACGCUUUAUCUGCGAACGGUCAGACAGCGUGCGCUAUAGCCGACCGCCUCGGCUACAUCAGCGCAGUGGAGGCGCUGCGGCCCCUCACAGAGAACACGCUUAGCCAGGCCGUGGGCGAUACCGAG